UCUUGGAAUAUACAUAACAUUCUUUUACUCUCUCUCCUUCCUCUCUCUACAUUUUCUCUCUGUACUUUCCUUCAUUACUGUUGACAGUAUUAAAUAGUGGUCGAAUUAAUUUAAUCACUCUACUAAUCCUUCCAAAAGGAGGGGAUUAUUAGUCCGUUCCCUUCCCUCUCUCUCUCACUUGGUUCUCCACGACACCUGCUGUCUCCGUCGUCCCUCUCGCCGUCGUCGUUCUCCCCGUCGUCGUUCUUGCCGGCACCGUCAGGCACGCAGGCUUGACAAAAACGACUUUGCUCCCCUGAUUUUAAUUUUGUUUAUCAUUUUCGUCCAAUCGUUGUAAAAGCUGCCGGCAAAUAGCAGCAGCAUCUGCAAUCAGCCAUGGGUAAGGUUCACGGGUCGCUCGCGCGUGCCGGGAAGGUCAGGGGUCAGACCCCGAAGGUCGCCAAGCAAGACAAGAAGAAGAAGCCCAGAGGCCGCGCCCACAAGCGCUUGCAGUACAACCGGAGAUUCGUCACCGCCGUUGUUGGAUUCGGGAAGAAGAGGGGGCCUAAUUCUUCUGAGAAGUAAGGCCGCUCUUUGGGGAGUUUUGCUGUUUUCGUAUGAGGCAUUAGUUUCAUCUGAAGUUUCAGAUUAUGGUUUGACAUUAUCUACUGCUUCUGUUUCGUUGUUCUAAAUCGAAGCAUGUUUUGAUUUCCGGAUUGGGAAUGCAUAUUUAAAAUAAAAAAUCGUUGUAAAAUCUCAUGAGGAUGAUCCAGUCAAAGGUCUAAUGCUUAAUUUUCCUUAAAUUAAUGUCAUAAUUAACGGUUAAGAGAAAUCUGGGGAAGUGAGGGUGUUGGGGUGUGCGGCGGAGAGAUCUGGAAAGACAAAUGAUUUCAAUUUUUUUUAAGUUUGAUUUAAAUAAGGGAAGAUUCUGUUCAUUUUUAA